AUGGCGCGUGGCGGCUGCGAAACCCGCUCCCGUGCUGAGGGCAGCAGCUGUCUCGGCACAAUGCCGCUCGUUGCGUCUCGGAAGAUGAUGCUUGGUGGUAAUAGCCAGGCUCGUCUAUCCUUUGCGUCGACCGCUUCCAAGCCCCGCCAUUGGCUCUGGGGCUGGGCUGCGUGGAUUACCUCGGUCCUCGUUGCGUCGACGGUGCUCAACACGGCCGGGCCGCUGCUUGCCGUCUUUUCUUCGUCUUCUACGAUGCCGGCGACUCAGGUUGCAGCGAAAGUAGGACACACGCUGCAUCGCGCCGCGAAACGCGCCGGUGCAUGCGCCGCGAACGGCGUCAUCGCCAGCGAGUACAACGUGCCGCUGCACGUCGGCGCGCUGCUCAUCAUCCUAGGCGUGUCGAGCCUGGCGUGCGCGACGCCGCUGCUGGCCGCGCGGUUCCCCGUGCUCCGCAUCCCGGAGCCGUUCCUGUUCGGCGUGCGGCACUUCGGCACCGGCAUCCUGCUGGCUACAGCUUUUGUGCACCUGCUCCCCACGGCCUUCACCUCGCUCAACAACGGCUGCUUGUCGAGCUUCUGGACCAUAGAGUACCCGGCCAUGCCCGGCGCCAUCGCCCUGUUUGGCAUCUUUUUUGUGGCGGUCAUCGAGAUGGUCUUCAGCCCCGUGCGCCAGUUCACGCCCCGUCCUGCCGCCGCCGCCACCGCCGCGCCGCGGGACGAGCAGCUUGGCGACGGCAGCGCUGGGUCGAAGACGCAGACGAAUUUGACCCACGUCACUGCCGUGCCAGCUGGCGGCGGCGGUCUCUGCGUCGGCCACGCCGGGGUCGUGGCUGCCGUGGCGCGGGGACAGCACCCGCGGGCCGUGGAAAGCAGCAGCAGCAGCAGCAGCAGCAGCAGCAGCCGUGACAGCAGCAUUGCCCCGGCCCACCACCUCAACAACGAGAUGGGCGAGGAGUCGCAGAGCCGCGGGCUGACGGCCGAGCAGCAGCGCAAGAAGAGCAUUCUGCAGUGCAUGCUGCUCGAGGUGGGCAUCCUGUUCCACAGCGUCUUCAUCGGCAUGGCGCUCAGCGUGGCGGUCGGCAGCAACCUCGUGGUGUUGCUGAUUGCCAUUGCCUUUCAUCAAACGUUUGAAGGUCUCGCGCUCGGCGCUCGCAUCGCCUCGAUUGCGUGGCCCGGCAAGACGCUGCAGCCGUGGCUCAUGGUGAUGGCGUACGGAUGCACAACACCGCUCGGCCAGGCCAUCGGGCUGGCCACGCACAGCCUGUACAGCCCCGACUCGGAAUUUGGGCUGAUCCUCGUCGGCACCAUGAACGCCGUGUCGUCGGGCCUGCUGGUGUUUGCCGCGCUCAUCGAGCUGCUGGCCGAGGACUUUCUCAGCGACCACAGCUGGGCCACGCUGCGCGGCCGCCGCCGCGUCGUCGCCUGCGUGCUGGUGUUGAUGGGCGCCAUCUGCAUGAGCCUGGUGGGCGCCUGGGCGUGA